AUGGACUUCAUUCCGGGAAUAAACGACCCCGUCAUUCCUGUGUGUUUCCUUCAUGGUCUUUCUUGUGGCUUGCCCUAUGCAGUUUGUGUACUUGUUGAGGGCCUUUUUUCUUUUUUUUUUUUUCAGUCUCUGACAUUGUUUUUGCUGAACUCAGUUUUUCCGAGACCCUCUCUCCUCAUAGGCUCAGUUUUGGCCUGCCAUCUGCAUUCUGCCAGUUUCCGUGGCAGAAGAGGCCUAGGCUGCUUCCUGUGUCCCCCAUUGAGCAGAAGCAUGCGGUGGUACCUUCUCCUGAUCUGGGCCCAGGGCCUGAGGCAGGCUCCCCUCCCAGCCUCAGGAGCUGUGUCAGGCAGGAUCACAACAACGGGGAACGUUUCUGCCGAGGAAGGUGGCUCCGUCACCUUGCAAUGCCACCUCCCCUCCACCACUGCCAAAGUGACUCAGAUCAACUGGGAGCAGCGGGACCAACUACUGGCGGUUCGUCAUGCUCACUUGGGGUGGCACAUCUACCCAGCCUUCAGGGAGCGAGUGGCCCCAGGCCCCAACCUGGGCCUCACCCUGCAGUCGCUGACCCGGAAUGACACAGGGGAAUACUUCUGCACCUAUCACACCUACCCUGAUGGGAUUUACAGAGGGACAGUCUUUCUGGAGGUCCUGCAAAGCUCAGGGGCUGAGCACAGCGCUGUGUUCCAGGUCCCAUUGCUGGGAGCCAUGGCCACCGGACUGGCAGUUAUCUGCGUGGCAGUCGUCAUGGUGGUCGCAUUAACCAAAAAGAAGAAAUCUCGUCCAGUCCAUUGUGCGGAAAGUGGCCUCAGGACAGUGGCGCGUGAACAGGAGGAAUGGAAUGCCCGCAUUCUGUCGUCCCCUGGAAGUGGCAGCGAGGCAGGGACGGCACCCGUGGGCUGCUACCUGGAGCAGAGGGGAGAUGCCUGUGCCGAGCCGCAUGACUACUUCAAUGUCCUGAGUUACAGGAGCCUUGGAAGCUUCGGUUUCCUGGCCGAGACUGUUUAGUGGCCAGAGGCAUCAUCUGGGAGAUGCAUUCUUGUGUCUGCGGUUCCGGGAGUGGGGGUGGUGGUGGGUCUGUGGUCUCAGUGCCCUGCAUGCACGCGAGUGGAGGUGCAGUUGAGUGAAUGAAUGUCAUCCUCUUCUCUGCAUUUCCUCUGCCCCUUCCGU